GCUGCACCGCACUAGCAGCCUGCAGUGAUGAGUGCCGCACUGGCAACCAAAAGACCGGGAAUAGACCGGACGCGGACAACUGUCACCUCCAAGAACCACAAUGGCUGGCACUGGCACUGCACCAAGCUGGACUUGACGCUGCCACUGGCACCCAGUAACGAAUACCAGGAGGUAUCUAGGGGAGCCGCAUGACCGAGGCCAUGAAGCCGCAGGGGACUCCGUUCCGUUACCCACCUGCAUUGACUUGUUGGUAGAGCACAGGCUGUUUACCGGUCCCUCUCUCACUCCCCCCUCCUCAGCUCUGCCUCCUCACCAGGAGGCAGCAUUUAUAAAUAGGGCAAGCAUAGCCACUCCUUUUCCCCCGUGGAUUCCAAUCGUUUUGUUUGAUAGUUUCUUUCGUCCCUACCUUUAUAUACAAGAUCUCAGCUUCUACUACAGCUUCAGCUACAGCUGCACCCUCGCCGUCCUCUCUCUCAGAGUUCCCCCUUCCCGUUUCCGCACGCACGCACGCACGCGCCAAAGCACCUUCAUCAAAAACACCAGAACCACCUCGUCCAAAACUCAAAACCAACCAGUACGAACCAAAGAUGCCAGCCAACGCAACGGUGCUAUACCCCGCCGAGGCCGACGCCACCUUCGACAUGAGCUACUACCUCAAGACACACAUGCCGCUGGUGUCGGAGAAAUGGGGUCCCUACGGCCUGAAGGACUGGAAAGUCGUCCAAUUCGCCGCGGCACCGGACGGAUCGAAACCAUACAGCGUCGCGGCGCUGUUGACGUGGGACUCGGUCGAGAGCAUCCACAAGGCCCUGAACAGCGAAGAGGCCAAGAUCGUCCUGGGGGAUGUCCAGAACUUUAGCAAUAAAGGGCCCCUGUUUUUGCCCGGAGAUAUCGUUGGAACUUCGUGAAGAAAAAAGAAAGGACGAUAAAUUUUACAAUAAUACCCGGUGCCCCGUGCUUCAAAGGUCAUACCUAAAUUACCACACUCCCGGUCCAGCACUGACUGGCAGCGCGGGUAUCUAUGCCCUGCUAGUGCUACGCUACGUGACUCAAGUCCCUGUAUAAACUUGGCACCUAAUACUUGGUACUCGCAUGUGGCUUGAGCAAGUAAAUGCAAAGGGCAUUACAUAUGUAUCAAAUGGAGAAUGAAUCACUUGUUCUAUUCGUCUACUGCUACGAAAGGUUCACAACUAUAACUGUCGUGUGUGUUCUAAAGUAUCCAGCUCCCUAAAGCAGGUGUCUCACGUUUCAUGGACUUCCAGCAAGGUGUUUGAGUAGAAGCGGGAGGAACCUCAUGGCGUAAGGAGCCGGCGUAUACUAGUAUUCCACACCGGAAUGUGAAUUAUCUCCCUCUCAUCUCUCAGGUGGACCGACGACCGAGUCCAAUGUAGGGUAAGUCUACGGCCCG